AAAGCUAAAGGAACUUUUGAAAAUCAGUUUGAAAACAUUAGAGAACACUUUGAAGGAAUUGAUGGCUUCCUUCCAAGCUCUUCAAGUAACCUUAGUCGCAAGGGCACCUUUGACAACAAAUCCGUUGAUUGAAGGAAAUGCUUUGAUGGCAUAUCUCUCUAUUGCCACAUCUCCUUUAACUUUUGGAAAGGAACCAAUGUCAUCUAGCCCACCAAAUCUGAUUAUUGGAGCUUCUAGGACAAAAUCACUUGUUUUAAGUGCUAGUGUUACUCAAGUUGUCAAGUCAAUCACUAAGGAUGAAGACAAGGCAAUUAAAGUAAAGGUGCAAUUGAUGGAGGAAACACUAAAAUCGAUACAAGGUGUCCAAACCAAUAAACCGGUUGACAUCUCAUCUCUAUGCUUUUUCCCAAACAUUCAACUGCCACAUAAGUUCAAAUUGCCUGAAUUUGAUAAGUACAAUGACACUAGUUGUCCUUAUGCUCACUUGACAAUGUAUCAUAGGAAGAUGGAUCCAUAUGCCAGUGACAAUAAGCUAGUGAUACAUUACUUUCAAGAUAGUCUGAUAGGUCCUGCAGAUGCUUGCUUCUCUACUUUAGACAAAAAAAAGAAAUCAAAUGAAAGCUUCAAGGAAUUUGCUCAAAUAUGGCGUGGAAUGGUUGCUCGAGUUCAACCUCCACUGACUAACCAUGAAUUGAAACAAGUUGAGGAUGAAAUCAAACUUGGUGUUAUCCUAGAUUAUCAAGCUAUAAAGGAUAUUCUUGAGCAACAUCAAAAUUGUAAAUUGUUGGAGUUGGAUAAUCCGACUAACACGAAAAUAGUUAACCGAAAAAUAUUCAAUCAAAUGGUAGCGCUUGGGGAAUUGACUCCAAUCCCUGCAAACAAGCCUCCUAAUCCUUAGCCAUUCUAGUAUGAUCCACAAGCCAAAUGUGAUUAUCAUGGUAGGAGCAUUGGUCAUGAUAUAGAAAGGUGUCUAACUUUGAAGCAUAAGAUUCAAGAUUUGAAGGAUUCAAAACACUUACAGUUUCACUCAUACAAGGUUGAUCUUAGAACUACUAUUGAUGAAGGCUUGAAUAAGUGAACAAUGGAGUUUUUCCCUAUUGCUAUCAUUUUGGAAUAAAAUGUGUCUAUCAUG